AGAGAACUAAAACAAACUAAUUUCAGACACAUAUAAAAAGAAACUGUCUCCUUUCGCGACAGAAGAUCUAUAAUGAAAUCCACUGAUCAAAGAAAGAAGAUAGCUAGAGAGAAAUCUUACUAAGAAAGUGAGAAAUCUUCUUGUUAAUAGCUAGAGAGAUAAUAGAAGAAUCUUGAGAGGAUGAAAUUUGGAGGGAUUCUUGGGUUUGAAAAUGGAAUCAUCUUAGCACCCAUGGGUGCGGACGUCUCUGGACCUGAGCUCGUAGCUGCUGUUGCCAACGCUGGGGGGAUCGGUCUCAUCGCUAGCCCUGUUAAUGGGUAUGAGAUGAUGGUGAAAGCUAUAAAAGAUACUAGAAAGAUGACAAAGAAACCAUUUGGAGCAGGAAUAUUGUUGGAAUUCGAUCAAGAGAAAACAAUCAAAGCAAUAUUUGAUGAGAAGUUGGCAUGCAUGGAAGUAUAUUGGGGUGAUUUUCCAAAAGAAAUGGUUGAUGAAGCUCAUAAACAUGGCGUCAAAGUCAUCCACCAGGUGGGAUCCGUGAAGGCAGCUGAGAGAGCAAUAGCUGCUGGAGUUGAUUGUAUUAUAGCUCAAGGCGUCGAGGCUGGUGGCCAUAUUGCUGGUACAGUUUCACUGGUGGCAUUGGUACCGAGAAUAGUUGAUGCUGUCGGGGAUAGAGGAAUUCCAGUGGUUGCAGCUGGUUCGAUUAGCGAUGCUCGGGGUUACGUUGCUGCUCUAGCACUCGGUGCUCAGGGUAUUUGUGUGGGUACAAGGUUCAUAGCUACACAUGAGGCAUAUGCAAAUGAAUACUACAAACAACAAUUGCUAUAUUACAGUGAAGAUCAAACAGACCGUACUGAUUUGUAUGGACGUUUCACUUGGAGAGCACAUGUACGCUGUUUGAAUACACCCUUUCAUCAAAACUGGCGUAACUCAGCAGAUACAAUUGAGAACGAUGAAUCUCAACCUAUCAUCGGAAAAUCAAUUAUCUAUUCUGAAGAUAUAAUUCUUCGGCGAUUUGCGGGUCAAGUUGCAAAUCCUACUACAGUUGGUAAGCUAGCUGAUAUGGUGAUGUUAGCAGGACAAGGUGUAGGUCUAGUGAAAGACAUUGUCUCAGCCGGUGAAGUAAUUAGAAGAUAUGUAGAUGGUGCAAAAAUCAUUAUACAAGAACUAAAUAAAAAUUAUUUACCUGAUCCCGGUGUCAGCAUACAAACUUCUUGGGAUGACUAUCACUUUGUUAAGAAAGUGGAUGACCACCAAAAAGAAGAAGACGAAAAGGAUGGAAGAGAAGAACGUUGGGCCUGGGUUAGGAUGUUGUGUUUCUGAACAGGUUCGAAUGUACACUCAAAUCUACAGAAAAACAACAACCGCCCAUUAUAUGGGUUCCUAUUUCAAAAGGAUAAAUAAAGAGUAGUUUUUUUUCUUCUUGUGUAUAGUUUGAUUGUGUGUUGAUUUAUUUUUUUUUCUUUAUGGAAAAAGAUCAUAUACUAAACUAGCAAAUAUAGUACAAAAGAUUUACAAGAUCAUCUUUAUCAAAAACAUUAGUAUCUAUGCUAAAUUUGUGGACUUUUUGUCGCAAGUUAUCUGA